AAAAGGAAAAUGUUGUUUACAGUCGCUUUGGGGAGCCGCGGCGCACUCGGAAUCCUACUUGGCAGUUUCAUUAAAGUGACUGGAAAAGGAAUCGAGUGGAAAUCGAACCGACACCUCCCUUAGUAAUGAAACGGUGCAUAUUUGAAUAGAUAUAUUCAUUACUCUCACCAAAUCGACUAUCUGUCCAAACACUUCACCCUUUCCCCUCGUCUUCUCCAUCGCCCCUUCCCUCUCAUCUCUCCUUUGAUACUCACGAAGAGCCCUAACCCUUCGAUCCCUUACUCUGAGUUUGAAUGGUGCUUCAAACUUGUAUUUUUCUCUAAAAUAUUUCGCAGAUCCAAGAUUUCAGUUCUUCGGUUUCAUUUUUUUAAAUUUUUGUGUUAUCAGUUGGAUUUCUCGUUUAGUCUCUUUCGGAGGACUUGGUUAUCCUUCAGUUUUUUGGUUCUCCUGUAGUUUUGUUGAUUUCGCUAGUCUGGGUUCUAAAUGAGUGUGGUUUUACCACUAUGUAUUCGAUUUCACAGUGUGGGUUCUCCUUGUGUUUUCGAAGAACCCUAACCCUAACUGUUGGAUCCCCACUUUUAUUUACUUGAUUCCUUACUCUGAGUUGGAAUGGUGCUUCAUCCUUGUAUUUUUUUGUCAUUUCUUUCGCAGAUCUAGGAUUUCAGUUCCUCGGUUUCAAUUCACAAGUCUGGGUUCUCAUUUCGAUUUCUCGAGAUUUGUCUUUCGCAAGUCAGGGUUCUCCUUUAGUCACUUGUAUAUUUCGCAAGUUUGGGUUCUAAAUGAGUGUGGGUUAUCCCUAGUGUUUUCGAUUUCACAAGUUUUGUUAGAUUUUUUCAUCUUUCCCUCCUCGAAUAGUCUUGAAAUAGAGUGUUUUUCUCCUUCCUGGAGGAGAAGAGACAAUGUUUCACCCUGGUUGAUCCCGAAACCCUAACCCUAACCCUAACUCCCGAAACCCUAACCCUAAAAUCCUAACUUUUGGACCUCGGAUUUGGGCACUGGGCAAUUGGCCAGAGAACCCAGUCGAGCUACGUAAGCUCCCCCUUUGAUAUGUUUUUAUUUAUGCAGCAUUGAGAAUGAAUGCAGUUCAAAGUGUCCAAUCGAGGAAAAUUAUGUUGUCAUCACCUUCGUCUUCUUCAUCCAUUGGUAAACAUACUUCGAGUCAACUUUCCUGCUUCUAUGAGGUUGAGGUAACACUAAGAUACUCAAAUACUCCCAGAAAUCCAGGACGACCCUUCUUAGGCUGUCCAAAGUACAACAAUGAGGGCUUACCGUAUUGCAAGUUCUUCAAGUGGGCGGAUGGUGCUUUGGACGUAGAGCAAGAAAUUGAAGAUAUAAAGCAAUAUCUAUUAAGGAAGGAGGAAGAGCUGAGAAUGGAUAAAAUUGAGUUCUGAGAGCUAGCCGAUGCAAUGGAGAAGAUGUUGAUUAAUAUACUCGAGGAGGUUCGGAAGCAAGAUGCUCAAAACAGGCAGAAACGCACACUGCUCAAUCUGUAUUGGGCUGUUGCCAUUGUUGUCUCAUGUUACUUUCUGCUGUCUAAGUGAUUUCAUCCUAGUGUAUAACUUUAUUUUGUAUAUGUAUUUUAAGUUAGUCUGAACAGGGAAAGGAUGUUUGUAAUGAGAUUGAUCCUUGUUAUUUCAA